GACGAAGAAGAGGGUCUGCUCGAUUUCAGAGCUUGUAACGCCCGCUUCAAUCUUUAAUAUACGUUUGACAUCGCCUCCAUGAGAGCAACCGUAUUCAGUGAAUAAACCACUUUAAAGCGAGUGUUUCCAGCCCCGCAGCGCCCUGCAGGGUGUGAUCAGGGUGAAUGAAGCCGUCGUGUGGAGCUAGUCCCCGGCCGCCAGCGGAGCAGAGCAGCAAAAUGGCGACCCCCUACAUCCAAGAUGACUCUGGGAAAUACAUUGCUGCUACUCAGCGACCUGACGGGUCAUGGAGGAAGCCGCGGCGGGUGAAGGAUGGUUAUGUGCCCCAGGAGGAGGUCCCUGUGUAUGAAAACAAGUAUGUCAAGUUUUUCAAGAGCAAACCAGACCUGCCUCCAGGACUCAACUCGUCUGAGGGAACUCCACCGAAACAGCAGCAGCAGCAAGGGAUCCCCGGCUGUGGGGACAGCGAGGCGGCCGGUCUGUCAAAGUCUGCCAAACGCAACAUGAAACGCAAAGAGAAAAGAAAACAGCAGCAGCAUCAGGACCCGGACCAGGACGACGACGCAGAAUCGGAGUCGGUGAGCGACGCCGUUGAGAACAUGUCCAUUUCAGAGAGAGGCAAGUCUGCAAGCAAGACGGACACGCCGGUUUCUGCCGCGUCGCCCAAUGACUCUUCGGCAGCAGCCGCUGAAAAGGCCAAGAAGAUAAAAAAUCUGAAAAAGAAGCUGCGACAAGUUGAGGAGUUGCAGCAGAAAAUUGACUCGGGGGAAAUUAAAGAGCUAACAAAGGAUCAGCAGGAAAAGCUGGGCCGGGCGCAGGCCUUACGAGAAGAGUUGGAGCAGCUGGAGUGUGAUUCCUGAAGCAAUAAAGGACAGCAGAGGAGUCAAACUGAGCAUACAAACUACAUACACAAGUGGACCUUUGCUGCUUUGUGAUCAUAGCUUCCAUAAGUAUUCUACUUGAUUUUCAGUAUGACCACUGGAGGCAAACACAGCCCUAAAGACAGAAACCUGUGUGGCAGCAUCACAUCUUCACAACAAAGAAGUCGCUUCUUUUUGAACGAGACACCUGAGUAACAUUGAUGCCUCUGUAUUGGCCCGGGUUUGUCAUUUCUAAAAAUCUUUUAAACAAUUCAUUGUAACUUGUUUUGUGCAUGUCUGUCCCCCCAUUUUUGUACCUUUCAUAUAAUAAGACACGAAUCAUAGUGUGAAAAAACCUUUUUUUUUUUUUUUUUUUUUUUUUCUUGAAGAGAAUAUAGGUUUUUUUUUGUUUGUUUUUUUAACCUAUCUCUUUUAGAAAAUAACAUUUUCUGUCAAAAGAUUUAAACGGGCUCUUGUAGUCACAAUUAUGUCACGUCUACACUGCUUUAAAUCUUUUUCAUGCCCCUCAAUAAAACUUGCCCACUUAAA